UUUAAAUGUGUGAUAGUCAUACAUUUCAUGGCACUAAAAGUUCAAUGCAGUUUAGUUCAUAAUUCGUACAGAGUGAUAAAAGAAUCCCUUUCCUUCAGUCCUGCCUCAGCCAAUCUUGGCAAGAAGCCUAGCGUGUGUUGUGUUGUGCACUUUGGUUCCUAUGGAGAUGGAGCGAGGUUUUGACCUUCAGCCCGUCCUACAGCAAUUCUGCUUUCACACAGUAGGUCUCCAGUGCUCUCCUGUCAUGGAGAGGAGCAUCCUUUUUUCAGGACAGAUCUAGCCUAUCUGAAAUAUAUAACAGAACUAUUAUCCGCGGAAUCUGUGUAACUGAUUUUACAAUGGCCACACUGUAUACAUCAUCUAUACCUCACAGUAUUAAGCAAUGGCAUUUGGAAAGUUUAGGGCUUUUUGCUAGAGGCCCAAAGUCCUCAGACCAGAUCCAGAAAAUGGAACUUCUACAUACACGAUUCAGCACAUGGACACCUAUUGAAAACAAAUCUCUUAACAGUCAGCUCUUUCAGGAAAGAAUCAGGCUUAUAAGUCAUUGGUUUGACCUGUGGACGGACAAACAGCGAAAGGAGUUUCUCCAUGAGAUAUUAAUCAAAUGCAACAAAUCACAAGUGAAAUUUGCUGAAAAAUGGCUUUUGGAAAAUACCCCAGUGAUCAAAGUGGACUUCACCACUUUACUGCCACGAUUCAUAUCUUUGUAUAUCUUCUCCUUUCUCAACCCGAAGGAUCUUUGUGCAGCAGCCCAGGUCAGCUGGCACUGGAAGUUUUUAACUGAACAGGAUUGUCUGUGGAUGCCAAAAUGUAUUACAUUAGGUUGGUUUCUUCCCUACACUCCAGAGAAAAAUGAACACGGAGCUUGGAAGCAACAUUACAUGGUUUGUGCAACUGAUGUAGAUCACAUAACUCCGAGGGUGAACCCAGAAACCUUUGAAGAAUAUAAAACAGAGUAUGAAGAGCAACAAGAGAGAAUGCAUGCAGAACAUCAACGAAAAAUUAUUAGAGAGCAAAUGGCACUACACAAGAAGGAAUUGUUGAAAGCUCGCCCCCCUUGGUUAAGUGGAACACGAAGCUCAGGAUUUUACAGACAUGGAUGCCAAUUGAGUUUGUCUCAGACUAUCCAUGACCGAUCUAGAUUGCCUGCAGCAGUGAUACUGGCAAAGAAAAUAAUAGUUUCUCCAAAUGAUAUGCCCUCAAAACAUUUUUCUGAAGAAAUGAAAUCUGAGCUGAAAUUCAGUCGAGAAGCAGAGAAGCAGCUUCUGAAGAAUGUGGCUUACAGCGGCUCUUAUCUUACAAUGCCUCACAAACAUUGUUGGACUGUUUCCCGAAGCUACCCUUAUGGGGAUCAUGUUCUUCAGCCACAUCUGAUACUCAUAUCAUCCCAUCUUCCUGCUUAUGAGCUGAUUGUGGACAGUGUUAAGCCUGGAGUCAUCCCUGUAGUAUACGAGCCGAGCAGCAGCACCUUGGAAAGCCUUCUUUUCUAUGUGCAAAAGGCCCUGGAUGGCCAAGCAUCAAAGAGUAUUGGGAUUUUUAGCAAUGGAAAUUCCAGGGGGAUUAACCUGCUUCAAGGCUACAGAAUCAACAUCAAGAACCUGCUUAAACCUGAAGUGAGAGACUUUUGGGAGAAGUUAAAAAGCUGUGUCACUUCUGCACAAGAGGGUGGCAGGAUAGACAUCUUUGUUCCUUUGGCAGCUUCAGAGGCAGGGCUGGAAGUCCUUUCUCAGCUCUCUCGUUUAACUGGCAUGCCCAUAAGGACCCCCACAGGAAUAGCAACUGGAUCCUAUCAGCACAUUCUCAGUGAAUGGCUGGGAAAUCAGAAGGAUGCAUUUCCUCCAUCUCUCUACUUCACUGACGUAAAGCUGCAAAUGUGGCUUAGAUUCACAGAACUUCUGGAAGAUGCGCUGAAAGCUGUCAGAAAACAAUUAAGGCCACAUUUCUCUGAUUUGAGAAAGAAUAUUAUUGGCAAGAUUCUUGGUCAAAUUAUGUUUGAAGCACUCAGCUGGUAUGAAGUUCAAGACAACCAAAGAGUUGCCCAGGUUUUGGCUGAUGGAUUAGCUGAACUUUCAAGAGGAAACCAUGAAAAUCCUUUGGAAUUUCUAUCAUUUUUCUUGAUGAAGAAACAUACAAAAAAUGAAAAACUUAGAAGAGAGGUUUUCUUGACUGGAAACAACUCAGAAGCAAGCUUUGAAGAAUCAGUUAAGAAUGGCUGGCUUUAUGAGCACAUAGCAGACAAGCGCAAAAGCUUUGCUAUUGAGCUUCUGCUCAGUGAAAAGAACUAUGUGCACAUUCUGGAAAUUGUAAGAGCUGUUUAUGUCAAGCCACUGAAUGCAGCCUUAGCCUCAAACCGAGCCAUCCUAAGCCAUGUCAGCAUUCAGCUCAUCUUUGCAGAUAUUUUGGCCAUCUUACAACUGAACAAGUGGUUCUUAGAAGUGUUAAUUCAAAGACUUAAUGAAUGGAGCCCAGCCCAAAAUUUAGGAGAUCUAUUCAUUGCAUUUGGCCGGCAGCUUCAAACAUACAUAAACUUCUACAACAACUACACAGUAAUUCUGAAAACCAUAGACAAGUGCAGGGAGACCAUUCCAGUAUUCCGUGCUUUCUUGAAGAGACAUGAUAGGACUGUCGUUACGACCAUGAGGAGUCUACAAGAACACCUCUUGUGCCCUUCAAAGAGGAUUGAAGAAUACAUCACUCUCCUGCAUGCGCUGAGAGUUCACACUCCUGCAGGACACACUGACCGGGAAGAUUUGACAGCUGCAAUUAGUCAAAUGAAAAGAUACAAGGAUUAUGUAGAUCAGCUAAAGCUAAACGUGGGCAGAGACGACCAACUAUUAAGUACACAAAGACUCAUCCAAGGAUGUCCAACGUUACUGAAAGCCAGUAGGUUACUAAUCAGAACCCAAGACGUAGCCUUGCUAAAGUGCUGUUCUGAGAAAGUUGCUGUGCCAUACAGGCUCUAUGAACACACACAUGAUCUUAGCCUUUUCCUUUUCAAUGACAUUCUUGUCAUCACACAACGCAGCAUCUCACACAAACCUUUUGAACGGAUCUCAACAACAACUCAUCAGUUUUUGACAGCGGUAACACUUCAUCAACUCCUUGUUGACGAUAUUCCAGACUCGAAAUAUAUCAAGAAUGCCUUUUGUCUGCAAGGACCCAGGAAGCAAUGGAUUUGUUGUACUGAGGAAGACGACAAGUUCACAUGGCUUUCAUCACUACAAAAGGCAAUUAUUUGUAGUAUAGAAGAUAAUGUUUACUAACUUUACCCAUAUUGGUUAGUUGCUCAUUACUUCUAUGAGUACAGAAGAAUAUGACCAUUUCAUUAACCUUUGUUCAGCAAGUUACUGUAAACACGAAUGACUGCAAGUGAUUCUCUACUAACAGUGAUGUAGAUCUUCAAUUAUUUCAACUUUACAGUAAAAAACUUUGAACUUUAUUUUCUAGCUUUCUUGGAGGGCGGUGGCAGCGGCAGAAUUUGUAACUGUACGAAAUAUAGAUUUAGUGCCAAUACUCAUUCUUGGAAGCUACCAAAGAUCAAAGUACUAGUAAGGGUUUAUCUACCAGGAAGCACAUAUUUUUAUUCUCUUUUCUUAGUUUGUUCUAAAACAGCAUCAUUAAUAGUUUCCAACACCAGGGAACACAUUUUAUGGUAUUUAAUUAGCCAGUUGAAUUAAAUGUUUCUAUCUAAAUCUUUUAUUAUUCAUAAACUUCCCAAUGCAAGAAUUAAGAGGUUCAAGAUUAUGAAAGUACUAAGUGAUGGCUUCAUGAACUCUUAAUAAAAUUGUUUUGGAGUGCCUCCAUUUUUCUUGUCUACCUGCCAUGAAGGAAAAGUUACUACAAGAACAGGAACGAAUGCAGGGAUAGGCACGUGGCCUUCCAAAUGCUUUUUGGCCACCAGAACUAAGGGCAAGUGAUUAGCUGCAGUAGUCCAUAAACAUCUGGAAAGUUGUAGCUAAGAACCCUGAAACAAUGAGUGUUUAGGAUCCUCCAUCAUCUAAAGGAAGGCAAUAAAAUAUUUGAGUAACACAAAUAGAUAUUUCUCCUGAAAGGGGUUCACUCUAUCAUGGUCAGCUUAUUAAAAGAAAGAAGAGAAAGGUUUUUGUUCCUCAUGAAACCAUUUUGGUUUAGGAAUUUUUGUAGUGUUGUUUUCUCAUUCCAUCCAUUUUCUCAUACACUAUCCAUAUCAAACUGUUUAGGACUAGAUAUCCCAGAAUUGUGCGUAAUACCUGACCAUUCUUCAUACUCUGACCAUCUCAGAUCUAGGAACUAGGCAGAGUUUUGUCACUCACUGACAAACUUUCAGACAAUUUACUUCAUUUAUAUGAGCGGAUAAUAACAGAGGCAUCAGUUACACCAUGACACUGGAAAUCAUCACAGCUUGGCAUAUUGGUUAAAAUAGCAAAAUGGUGUUUUUAAUCAUGUUGCUUUAAGACAUUCUCAAUAGUCGCUAACUUCAUAGCAGAGUAUGUACUUUUAUUUAUGGUAUUUGAUAUGAAAUCUAAAAAACCCCAUAAAAACUAAGUAUGAUGGAUUAUACUGGCCAAAUCAAUAGUCAGAACUCUUGAUGUUGCAUUGGCAAAGAGAGAGGGGGUCGAUAAAAUGAUCUGCUUGACUGGAGAAGACCUCUAGUUGUUGUUCCCUUCUCAUGAUGGUCUUACUGUCCAGCUCUGUGCUACUUUCUAGGACCCAACAGUAGUUGAUCCCAUUCAUCAAGAUCCAAACUAGAGCAAAGACAAGAGCAAGGUUUUUGUUUCUACCCAUGGCAAAGCAAUUUGGGGUAGCUGAAUGAAAUUAUACGGUUUGGGAAGCACCAUGGGUAGUUCACAGAGAAUGAGAGAAUCUAAGGGAAGACCAACCUAUUGGGGGCAGAAAUGAGUAAGAGACAGUGAAGAAAGAGAAAGGAAGGAAAUAUAGAACUGGAAGGGAGGAGGCAGCAUAUCUAGGGUUAUGGGUGGGCUCUGAGAGAGGGUUCACCUUAUUCUCCUUGUAAGAAAGCUCU